AUGGAGGCUUUAAAGCCCAAUAUAAAAGUGCUGAAAAAGCGUCGCUCGAGUCUUUUUGCAACCAUAAAACGGGAAGUGAGUUUCUCACACAGCAUUGAAGACCAGGAUUGUGAGUUCCCCUUUUCACAGGACAGCUCUAUAAAACCAUGGACAUCUAUGGAAAACCUUGAUGCACCUGAUGAGAAAAAAAAGACAGGAAAAGAUCAGAAAAAACCUGCGAAAAAUCCUAGGAAAUCAAACAUUGUCAACCUUAAUGUAGGCGGAAAGGUAUUUCACAUUCCGACGCAUUUGAUCCUCAAACACCCAAAAACCAGGAUUGGAGUCCUUGUCCUCUGUAAAGAUCCGGUCAAACGUCUGACGCUCUGUGACGAUUACAACGUUCAGAACAACGAGUUCUUUUUCGACAGGGACCCCAUGUUUUUCCACUACAUCUUCCACUUCUACUGCAGUAAUGUCCUGUGGGUGAUGGAUAGUCUCUGCCCUGUCAACUUUGAACAAGAGAUGUCAUUCUGGGGGUUAAAACUGAAGGACACUCCAAGGUGCUGCCGCAUUCAUUUUGAGGAGAAAAUAGACGACAUCAGAGACCAACUGAAGGUGAACCAGGAGUUGAUCGAUGAGAUUAAGCCUCACCAAGAUGGCGAGGGAUACAAGAAGAUGUUUCUCGGAGGCUUAAGAAAGAUCCUCUGGGACUUGAUGGAGGAUCCUUACUCCUCACUGUCAGCAAAAGCAUUUGCCGUGUUUUCCAGUCUCUUUGUGCUCAUCUCCAUUGUUGCCAUGACAAUGAACACAGUAAAUGAACUGAGGCAGUACAAAAUUGGAGACAAAACCUACAUGGAGUGGGUAGAGAUAUCUUCCAUCCUUUUCUUCACCUUGGAGUACUUCUUGCGUUUACUCACCACAUCCAACAUCAAGCAUUUUCUGAAGAGUGCCCUGAACUUUGUUGACGUGGUCGCUGUAAUGCCCUACUUCCUCCAGAUCAUGUUUGAGACAUUUGUAAUGGACUCAGAAGACAUUGGUGCAAAAGAGGAUUUGAAGGCCAUGGCGAGGGUCAGCAAAAUCAGCAAGGUGCUCAAGGUGGUCAAGUUGAUGCGCAUCUUUCGUAUUUUGAAGCUUGCUCGUCACUCAACAGGCAUGAGGGCUUUUGGCUUUACCAUCCGACAGUGCUCUGAGCAGGUGUGCUGUCUGUUUCUGUUCAUCGCCAUGGGCAUCUUCACCUUCUCUGCUCUGAUGCACUCUGUGGAGAUCGAUCAGCCUGGAACACCGUUCACCAGCAUACCAGACGCCUGGUGGUGGGCAGCGGUGAGCAUCUCUACUGUGGGCUAUGGGGAUGUGGUCCCUAUCUCCUAUCUGGGCCGCUGUGUGGCGUUUGGAUGCAUCUCUUUUGGCAUCAUCCUCAACGGCAUGCCCAUCUCCAUCCUGUUCAACAAGUUCUCAGACUAUUACGCUAAACUGAAGGAACAAGAAUACACAUAUUCAAACACUGUGCGCUCAUUCCAGCUCAAGAAACGUCUGAGGCGCAAGUUUGACAACUGCUUCGAACCCCAGCUGGAGGAGUCUGACGACGAGAUUCACUAUCGGCCCAUUGGAAGGCAAACUGUCCACGAGAGUGAGGAUUUAGCUGCCCAAUAG